AUGCACGCAAAUGUGCAUACAGAUCGUGCCGGGGGCGGCGGAGGUUCCUGGCGCCUGCCGCCAGAUGAAACACUGCAGGUGGCUGAUCCGAAACAGAAAGAAGAACAGGAUUUGUUUCCUGCCGAAGGACACAACUGGAGAAGCAUUGUGUUUUCACUGUUAGUGAUAGGAUUUGUCAUAACCGGUAUUAUAACGGCGAUAUAUCUGCUUGGCUAUGUCGACGAACUACUCUAUUGGUCGGGAAGGCGGAUGAAGUUGGACGAGUUUCUGCAGAAAGAUAUAACCCCUCAGAGGCUACCCUCGGUGUGGAUCAACAAUCAGAAAUUUGUAUUCCAGGCGGAUGAUGGAGGCCUUGCUGUUUUCGACACUGCCACCAACAGUGUAGCCACGCUAGUAACAAAUCAUACUCUGAGACAAAUUAACGUUAAAGGCUACCACUGUUCUCAUGAUUUAAAGUAUGUUUUGUUUAAGCACAAUGUAAAGAAGCAUCAUAGGUUAUCUUUCACGGCUUUGUAUACUGUAUAUGACGUAUCGAAUGACCAUCAUAUGCCGGUGCGAUUGAAAGAAUCUCCCAAGGUUCAACGCGCCCGUCUUCAGCAUGCGUCCUGGGCCGGCAACACUACCGCUAUGAUCAUAGUGGCAGAGAACGAUAUAUACUUGAGACAAUCACCAUCAGACGAAGAGGUUUAUCGCUUAACUUUCACCGGGGAAGAGAACAGAGUCUAUAAUGGUGUACCUGACUGGUUAUAUCAAGAGGAGAUUUUUGAGUCUUUUAGUGCUUUAUGGACCUCAGUAGACGGCACGCACCUCAUGUACGCCACGUUCAACGACUCGCGAGUUGGCAUGAUGACAUUUCCUUGGUUCACGUCCAACACCGUAAUUGCGGCCAGCGGCGAUGGCAACCGUGAGCUUUUUCCCGUGUCGAAAACUAUUCGCUAUCCAACGCCGGGUUCGGUCAAUCCAGAUGUGUCACUGUGGGUAGUUGACAUAAGUAAUGUAAGCAAUAUACGAAAAUGGGAAGUAAUCCGUCCAGCUGCUCUCGAAGGACAAGAACACUAUCUUAUAUCAGCCAGCUGGGUAGGCAAUUUGAACGAGCACGUGUCGGUGGUGUGGAUGACGCGCUCCCAAAAUAUUACGAUCGUUUCGUCCUGUUAUAGCCCCACGUGGAAGUGUGUCGAGCACCAUUCGGAGCGAGCGCCGGAAAAUGAAUGGCUGGAUAUAUUACCUCAUCCGAUAUUCUCGCCCGAUGGGGACAGCUUUUUAUUCAUGGCGGGCAUCCAGGAGACUGGCACGGAGCACUUUACCCACAUCAAGCACAUCACAAUCACGCAACAGCGGAUGGCCGUGAUCUCGCACGGUCGAUAUGAGGUGAUUCGUAUUCUAGCCUGGGAUACCCACAACCAUCUGGUGUAUUACUUGGGUACGCACGAGAAAAAGCCUGGCCAGCAGCAUUUAUACGUCGUGAAGGAUCCUGUCAGUGAGGAAGUGAGAAGAACGGAACCCACCUGCAUUACAUGCGAUCUCAGUGACGUCCUCUGGGGUAGUCGGUACUAUUACAGCAACUGCUCGUUCUUCGACGCCUUCGUCAGCUCGCAACCGUUCGUGUCACAGCACAUCGGAAUUUCCUUCUAUAUCCUGGAAUGUAAAGGACCUGGUCUCCCGCUAGCAGUGGUCCACGCCGCACACAAUCACAAACUGAUGCGGGUCCUCUACGACACAAGGCCGUUUUUCGCCAGCAAACUGCAGGAGCUGGCACUACCAUCGCAGCGUUCCUUCGAGAUUCCUUUACCUCAUGGUACCAGAGCGUCGGUACAGCUGCUGUUGCCACCUAGCUGGCGAGAAGAACUACGUGAUGCCGCCUUUCCCGUGCUGGUGGAGGUCAACGGCAAACCUGGAUCAACGUCGGUGUCGGAGGAGUUCAAGAUUGACUGGGGCACGUACAUGUCCAGCCAUAAUGAUGUGGUGUACAUUCGGUUGGAUGUUCGAGGGGCUCGUGGACAAGGCAAGCAAGCGUUAUAUCGCCAUCUUGGUGGUGUAGAGGUACAAGAUCAAAUCGCGGUGCUGAGAUACCUGUUAGAUACGCUUAAGUUUCUCGACGAAACCCGUGUUGGCGUCUGGGGUUGGGGUUACGGUGGCUAUGUAACUGCAAUGAUUCUGGGCUCCCAGCAGCACGUGUUCAAAUGUGGCAUUUCGGUAUCGCCCAUUACUGACUGGCUGUACUACAAUUCUAUAUUCACGGAGCGAAUUCUGGGAGCACCUGCGGAAAACUACAAAGCGUACGUCGAAGCGGACGCAACCCAGAAAGGACGCCAGAUUCCAUCGUACUCGUACUUUCUGAUUCAUGGUCUUGCGGAUGUGACCGCACCGUACCAGCACGGCAUCCAGUUGGCUCGUUCUCUCUCCGAAUCCGGAACAAUCUUUCGCUACUUGAGCUACGCGGACGAAGGCCAUGAUCUUACCGGUGUGAUUGAGCACGUGUACCGCUCGAUGGAGGACUUUUUACGAAAUUGCCUUUCGUUAGACUCGGACGAGGACAAACCGGCAGAAUCCAACGUACCCAAUGAGUAAACGAUACGAAAAGGACGAUAAUUGAUCUACAUGAUUGCGUUAUAAACUAUGUUGGGUCACAUAUGGUUGUGUUAGUGUUGUUGUUUAAUUUAGUUUAUGCUAGCCGAAUUUUGCAACUCAAUUGCUGCGACUUUGAUUACUGUGUCUCGCCACAUGCUAGAGGCACGCUCAAUAACUGAUAGGUUCUAAAUAUAUAGACAUAUCAGAGAAAUAUGGUAAAAAAAUUAAAAAAAACAACAGAACAGAGAGCCGUUUGCGUGCGAACACAAAACAAAUUCUGGCACAAACCGGCAGAAUAGAUGAGCAACGAGUGCAUCCAAUUCAAAGAGAACAAGCGAAGAACAAACACUGUGCAUUGCGUAAAAAAAAUUAUAUUUUAUAAUCGUGUGUUUAGUAAUGAAUGCAAUUGGAUCUAGGAACAUCGAGCAGGAGUGGGAAUCGCGGAAGAGCUAGGGUGUAUACACGUCAAGGAGCUUUCUAAUGACAAUGGAAAUGAACGUAGAAAUGCGUGCAGAUACGACAAACGGAAGCAGGAAGGAUUGAAUCUAAAGUCAUCCAAUGGCAAACUGGGUAUAUGCAGGAAAGGCAGUAUAGUGGAAAUGAGCAAGGAAUUUAACAAAAAAAGAAGCAAAGAUAAAUCAAAUUAAUUGAUUAAUGAAAACAGAAACAGUCCUACUUACAAUAACGAAACUGAUGAGUGAGUUUAUUCGUCUCCUUUAACGUCUAUUUAAGUGUAAUUGUAGCAAAUCAAAACAAUGAACGAAAACUAAAACAGCGAAUCAAAACCACAUGGCACCACCAAAAUGAAAAAAGGCAUACAAAACAAAACAUAACUCUUAACUCUACAUAGCUAAAUGCGCAAUCGCAAAUGUGUGAAACUAGGAUUUAGUUAUAUUAUUCUCACUAAGUAAUAGUAACGUAAAUGCAACAGUGCUACUAUCGUUUAGUGAAUCACAAUGCAUCACAGUAUGAAGCGAAAUGCAGCAAACAUAAGCAUCAUAGUAAGUCUUCUUCCAGAUUGCUUAUUAGCAAAAAAAUGAGCGAAAUUUUGAGUGUAGAAUACACAUAUAACAACUGCAAUUAAGAACUCAGAUGGAUAAAACAAGCAUAAAAAGUGAACAAUGUAAUACAAAGACAAACAGAACGAAUUAACAAACAGAAAAACAGAGAGACAGAGAGAGAAAGAGAGAGAAAGAAAGAGAGUAAGAAAUGCAUGGAGCAAGAAUUAGUGUGUAUGCUGUGUAAUAUCGACUAAGAAACGCAUGGAGAUGUAAAGUUGGAAUGCAACAGAGCGAGAAUUUUUCAUAGUUAUUUCACGUCAUAGUUGUUAGAAUUACAGAAGAGCAAUCAAGAGGUAAAACAUAAAACAAAAAAUUUAAAAGGAGAAUACAAAAUUAAAUAACAAGCAAUUAUGUCGAAAACGAAGCCGAUAUGAAACAAAAACGAAAAAAUGCCGCAAGGGGGCCGCUUAGACAUGCAAACCAGACAAACCCCUACUCGCGACGGAUGCUUAACGUUGUAAAAUAUAUUCAUCGAAACGAAAUCUUCUAGGCAAAUAACUAGAACAUACAAACAAACUGCGUGUUCGAUAAAAAAAGUGCAUGGUGCGACGUUGAUAACAAAAUUUAGGCAAGCGGAUAUUGAAAUUUAAACGAUCUGCAUUUGAUUGCGGCUUACUCAUGCUGUUCGUUUUAGGCUCUUGAAGAGAGAAAGAGCGUCUUUAUAGAGUGUCGGUGCUGGGGAAAGCACCCGAGUUCUGCUGACGAAAUUGAACGAAAAAAAACAAGAGUGAAAAGUUCCAAAUUUUUGAAAACAUCGAUGCUUAAGUAAGCUACCCUAAUGGCACUGAAAGGAACGCUAGUCACAUGCCACGUUCACGUAAAAUUUGUUUGUUGGUUUUGUUAUUGGGUAACGACUGAAAAGUCCACAAAUAUGUAUUUUAUCCAAAUCUUCCACUUAUCUUCCAUUUUGUUUAGUUCCAACUGUUACAGCGUCUUAAAACGACAAUUUGCUUCCAGAUCUCUGUUAGUUCCGUUUCAUGUAAAGUAGUUGUUGAUUUACACUUGCUUGUAUGACAAAAUUGCAGCAUGGUUGAGAUUUCUCUCUGCCACGUGCAACCUUAUCACAUCUCAGUACGCUUACAAUGUCAAAAACGGCAUGCGAAUGCUACGCGAUCUAUUAAACAAGUGUGAAAGAAAUUGCCAUACUUGCACAAUAAUGAAAAACAGCAUCAUGAAAGGAAUAACUAGGCAUACAUGGUAGGCAGAUGCAGUACACAUAGAAAAAGAAAAUAAUUGUUGUGCCAUUCUAUUGUAAACAUGAGUAACACAAUCUAGUUCUUAGACACGUCAGUCAGACACACUUAAAUCGAUACACAGAUGAACAGAUGAAGAAAAAAAUCUAACAAACAAUGCGAAACACGACACUAAAUUACACAAACGAGAGAAGAAACCACAGAAAUGAAUAAGAUAAUCAUAAUUUAUGCUUCCCAGCAAGUUUUCAUUACAUAAUGGUUGUGAAAUUGAGAAUAGAAGAAAAAUAAAAAUGUGGAUAAAAGACGCAAACAAAUAAAGAAAUAAAAAAAGGAAAAAUGAUGAAAAAUAUGCGAGAAAAUUACAAAAAAAUACAACUAAUAUUUGUAAAUAAACGUUAAUAUAUUUAUAGUCCAAUGAAAGGGAAGAAACAACUCAAAGGAAGAGAAAUGGAGCUGCGGAGAAUUGUGUUCGCUAAAUAAAUAGACAGUACGAAACAUCGACUCGGUAAUUAAUUUUCUAGUAGAUUGUAACUGCUCCGGAAGCUACAUACACAGCUGAAAAAAUUGUAUUAAUUCACAUUAUUUUACUUUUUUACAAACAAGAGUGAGUUUGUGGGUGGAAAUGUAUGUUGAAUGGGAGUGGGAGGUGUAUGGCGAAUAUCGCACAUCGAUUCUUGCAAAUUUCGUCACCUUUUUAUGCCAAACCAUGCAGCGAAAUAGUACCUGCAUUUUGACAAAUUUGAACCUUAUCUAAUCAAGGCAGGAUUUCUUUCAU